CUCUCACUAUGGACCCUACCGUCAUCCAAAUGGGAGUAAAUUAUGGGACUGACGCUUGUCUCGUGCACUUCUCACUAGUUGCGCACUUGUUAUUCCCUCAUAGGCUGUAACACAGUGACCGCGUCGCUUUGAAAUCUCGCAUUUUGCCUUCAGAGUUGAUUUAAAUCGAGGGAAACCCCAUUUCGAGGAGUUAAUUUUCUUGUUUUUUGUCCUGGACAGACUGGGGUGUUAAAGUCGUGGAGGGAGAAUACUUUAGCCGGAUGAAAUUCCCUGGCAGGUGAGAGAAACGUGAAUUUCUUGACAGCGUUUCUCCAGCACGCGCUAGAUUGCACGCGGCUUCUGAUGCAGGAAUAAUUCAAGGAUUUGAACAUGAUUUCAGCGCAGCACUCGAUCAGCUGCCGCACACAUGUGCUCUGUGUUCAAAUACUUUGUAGUGUUCUCUUACUCUGGGCCAAAGAAUUGCACGGACUUUCGGACUUUUCAAAUUAUCUGUAUAGGAUUAUCAGCCAUCAUUCAGCACAAGCAUGUGAUGGAGAUAUCCUGCUCCUCAGAUGCCCAAGACACUCAACUAUAACCAUUCAGUCUGCAUUUUAUGGGCAGAGUGAAGCCUUUACCGGCAUUGUGCCAAGAAUGAGAUGCCAAAGGCAUAACCACAGCUGUUCUGCCACUACAGUGCUGCAGAAAGUGCUAUCCGAAUGCCAAGGUUAUCGAGAUUGUCAGCUUCUGGUUAAUCAUCAAGUUUUUGGCCAUAAUCCUUGCCCUGGAACCCCCAAAUACAUCCAUGUAUCAUACAAAUGUAAACCUACCGAGCACAAAAAGAAAGUCACAUGUGAGGGAGAUCGAAUUUUGCUGCACUGCAAGUAUCCAAAAGUCCUGAAUAUCUACUCAGCUGUAUUUGGUAGAAUAAUGGACGAGGAACACCUAUGCCCUUCAGAGAAGGGAGGACAUCCACCAUUUGAAUGUCUUUUCCAUGGAGCUGUAGAUGUGGUAACAAACAUCUGUUAUGGCAAACAGAGGUGUUUCUUUACCAUAGAUGAGAUACAUUUCAAAGACCCCUGCCCUCCUGGAACAAAAAAGUAUCUCACUGUUCUCUAUGCUUGUGUUCCACAAACUUUACUCAAGGAAGCUGAUCCUAACAGUUUCCAAACUACCUCAGUUCCUAACCAGACAACCAAAGCAGGAAAAUAUCCAGUUGUCAUAAGUUCAAAGUUUCCAGACAAUAGGAUUAUUUUCAGCAAUUCAUUAAUGGCAUAUGGCUACAUAACAGAGCAUCCAGAGAUGGCAGGCCUACUCUUCACUUCAAGUGUUUGUGUGGGAAUUCUCAUUGUUCUAGUAGCUGUUUCAACACCGAUAACGUGCAGCAGACAUUUGAGGGCACCAAAAAUGCCCAGUAAGAAGAGUAAAUUCACUAAGCUGGAAGAGGAUGAGCCAAUGAAUCAAGAUAAUAAUGAUGAGGAAGAUGAUGAAGAUGAUAAAGUGUCAGAGUCAUUGCUGGACAGCUUUAACCUGUCAGAGAUCAGCAGGAAGGUGUAUUGCUGGGAGGAUGUUUCAUAUACCACAGAGGCAGCUGAGCUGAUGGAGAGAAUUGAGCGACGAGAGCUUGUGAUUCAGGAGAUCAGGAUGAAUGCAUACCUCAAUGGGAACACAUGCAUCCUUCAUUCAUACAUGCCAACUAUUAAGCAGAAUGAUUAUUGAAUAGUGUGAUCUUUUUUUUUUAAUGUUUUCUGUCACCAAACGGUCUGCCUUCUAAAGAUUCCAAUCUCAUACAAGGAUGGUAUCAUAGCACAUAGAGUAGGCGGAAAAACCAAAUGCUUGACAUGCCUGAUUUUAAAGACAAGGAUGUAUUCUGUUCAACUACAUAAAAAUAGCUGUUACACCAUACACCAAGUAAAGCCAUGUGAAGAGAAUGUAUUUUAUAUAUUAUUGCUUUGAAUAAAUAAAAUACUGAAUAAACUGAUCAUGG